UGUGUUUUUCAGAAGUUCCAUGUGAUGACGAAGACGCUCUGCCUCCUCGCUCUUCCUCCAGGCCUUGCCUUAAUGACAGCGAGCAGGCUGACAGACAAUACAGAGUGAACUCUCUGUCUAAAGAGUCUCCUGGAUCCAACGCUGUGGGAAAAUGUUCCAUGCUCCUAGAGAGACAGAAUGACAGCCCGCCCAAAAGGCCCAAGUCUGCAGAGGGGAAGACCAGCGCAGGCGCAGCAGUGCCCCUAUUGUAACUACAGCAGUAAAGACGCCAACAGGAUACAGCUCCACGUGGUGUCCCAGCAUUCCAUGCAGCAGCCAGUGAUCAGCUGCCCACUGUGCCAAGACGUCCUGAGCAACAAGAUCCACCUGCAGCUCCACCUCACACACCUGCACAGUGUGGCUCCAGACUGUGUUGAGAAACUGCUUAUGACCGUGGCUGGGCCUGAUGUGAUGGUGCCCAAUAACAUGAUGCAUCCUUCACCUGGACAAGAUAAUGCUCUGUCUCUGAUGGAUGCUUCUGCUGUUCUCUCUGAGAAGUAUCGAAAGCCCACAGGGAACAAUUCCAAGGAGGAGUUGAACAGCACAGGCCAAGGCAAGAGUGAACUAGACCUCCAUGGAGAGGAACUCAAACCCCACAAGGAUGGGUCUGAAGCCCCAGACUGGAAGAGGUCUGUUGUGGUCGGGCAGGAUCGAAAGAGCCCUGACUCCCUCCAGGACCAUCUGAACGACCUCCAGAGAUGCCAGCAGCAACAGCAACAGCUCUCGGUCUCCGACCGCCACGUCUACAAAUACCGCUGCAACCACUGCAGCCUGGCCUUCAAGACCAUGCAGAAGCUGCAGAUACAUUCCCAGUAUCAUGCCAUCCGGGCGGCCACCAUGUGCAGCCUCUGCCAACGGAGCUUCCGGACAUUCUUGGCGCUCCGUAAGCACUUGGAGAACGGACAUCCGGAGCUGAGCGAAGCCGAGGUCCAGCAGCUCUGCGGCAGCCUGCCGGUAAACGGAGAUUUCCUCUCUGAGAGCGAGGCCAGAGCCUACGAGGAGGCCCAGCAGGCCUUCGAACAGGAAAUGGAGAAAGACGAUGAGCUGGAUCUGGAAGAGAAGGCCAGCCCAACAGGAAGUGACAGUAGCUCGUUGCUAGAUGACAUGGGAGCCGAAACUAAGCGAACCCUCCCCUUCAGGAAAGGCCCCAACUUCACCAUGGAGAAGUUCCUGGACCCGUCCCGGCCAUACAAGUGCACGGUGUGUAAGGAGUCCUUCACCCAGAAAAACAUCCUCCUGGUCCACUACAACUCUGUCUCUCACCUGCACAAGCUGAAGAAGGUUCUCCAGGAGGCCUCCAGCCCGGUUCCUGCAGAGACCAAUAACAAUGUAGACAACAAACCAUUCAAAUGCAAUAUCUGCAAUGUCGCCUACAGCCAAAGCUCAACCCUGGAGAUCCACAUGAGGUCUGUGCUGCAUCAGACCAAAGCUAGAACUGCCAAAACAGAGACAAGCAGCAGCAGUAGCAGUGGAGGGAGUGGGAACACUAGUGGCGUGGCUCCAUCCAGCAGCCCAGCCCCAAACGUACAAGGCAACAACACUAACUCAGACACUGCUAGAAGCGUGACGCCGUCGGCUAACAAAGAAAACACUGUAGAUGCCAAAGAAGCCAAAAACAGCAGCAACAACGCAAAGCAAACUACUGAUCAUGUCUCUGCACAGCAAAGCCAUCAGAACGCUCAGUCCCAAGCUCAGCUACAGAUGCAGCUCCAACAUGAGCUCCAGCAGCAGGCUGCCUUUUUCCAGCCCCAGUUCCUUAACCCGGCUUUCUUCCCCCAGUUCGGCAUGACCCCAGAGGCUCUGCUUCAGUUCCAGCAGCCACAGUUCCUGUUCCCCUUCUACAUCCCAGGGGCAGAAUUCAACCUUAGCCCAGAGCUGGCUCUUCACUCAGCCGCCGCCUUCGGGAUGCCAGGAUUGACUGGUUCUUUCCUUGAAGACCUGAAGCAGCAGAUGCAGCAGCAACACCAGCUACAGCAGGCUCAGGCUCAGCAGCAGGCUCAACAGCAGGCUCAACAGCAGCAGCAACAGCAGCAACAAGCAUCCCAGUUGCAGCUCCAGCAGCAGAAAAACCAGCAACUGCAGAGCCACAAGCCCAAAAUGGAGCCCAAUGCUGUGUCAGUGUCUGACAUACAGAUGUCCAGAGAGGCAGAAGAGCAUCUGGAAAAACAGGAGAGCAAAACAAAGAUGGAGAAUGGAGGGGAUGGAGUCAGUGAGGGAGGAAAGGACAACAAAGACAAAAAGUCCAAGUUUCCCGAGCCACUGAUUCCUCCUCCACGUAUCGUGUCAGGAGCCAGAGGAAAUGCUGCCAAGGCCCUUCUGGAGAACUUUGGAUUUGAGCUGGUCAUCCAGUACAAUGAGAACAGGCAGAAAAACCAGAAGAAAAACAAAGAAGGAGAACAACAACAACAACCGCAAAAAGUGGAGAUCAAUAACGACAAGCUGGAAUGUGGGAUAUGUGGAAAGCUCUUCUCCAACAUGCUUAUUCUCAAAAGCCACCAAGAGCACAUCCACGGACAGUUCUUCCCUUAUGGAGAGCUGGAGAAGUUUGCCCAGCAGUACAGAGAGGCCUAUGACAAGCUUUACCCCAUUAACCCCCCUUCCCCAGAGACUCCCCCACCUCCGCCUCCCCCUCCUCCUCCCCCACCAGCCCCAGUGACCACCCAGCAAGCUCCCUCCAACUCCAUGAACAAGCCCCAGACCCAGGCCCCAUCACCUGCCCCUCAACAGGCUACCCAGCCCCAGCCACCACCCCCACCUCCCCCUCCUCCACCACCUUCUGCACCCCCACAGGUUUCUCCCUCUUCCGUCCCACUAGAUUUCUCCCUUUUCCCCCCUCUGAUGAUGCAGUCCAUCCAGCACCAAGGUUUACACCCUCAACUCGCCCUGCAGCUGCCUACAAUGGACUCCCUGUCCUCUGAUCUCACCCAGCUCUGUCAGCAGCAGUUAGGCCUCGAUCCAAACUUCCUGAGGCAGUCCCAGUUCAAACGCCCCCGAACCCGCAUCACGGACGACCAGCUGAAGGUCCUCAGAGCGCACUUUGAUAUCAACAACUCGCCCAAUGAGGAGCAGAUUCAAGAGAUGGCCGACAAGUCCGGCCUCCCCCAGAAAGUCAUCAAGCACUGGUUCCGUAACACCCUCUUCAAAGAGAGGCAACGAAGCAAAGAUUCUCCUUAUAACUUCAACAUUCCACCUAUUACCACAUUGGAGGAUAUUAGGCUGGAGUCCCAGUAUAGUACACUGGAGUACUACAGGACUGAUGCCACUAUGAACAAGAGGUCCUCCAGGACAAGGUUCACGGACUACCAACUGAGGGUCCUGCAGGACUUCUUUGACACAAACGCUUACCCGAAAGACGAUGAGAUUGAGCAGCUCUCCACUGUGCUUAACCUACCAUCGAGGGUCAUCGUUGUGUGGUUCCAAAACGCCCGCCAGAAGGCCCGGAAGAGCUACGAGAACCAGGCAGAUGCUAAAGACAACGAGAAGAAAGAACUGACGAAUGAGCGCUACAUCCGCACCAGCAACAUGCAGUACCAGUGCAAGAAAUGCAGUGUGGUAUUCCCGCGAAUCUUUGACCUGAUCACCCACCAGAAGAAGACGUGCUACAAAGACGAGGAUGAGGAAGGGAAUGAGGACAACCAAUCUGAAGAGUACAUGGAUAUGGGAGAGCCAGGCCCAGCCAAGCACCCAGAGUCAUCCAAGCAUCAUCAUGUAACAGCCACUAGCUCAGGCUCCAGCUCCCCUCUGAUGCCCUCCCCCCGCCCCAACCUGGGGAAGACCUCGCCCAAGCCUGAACCUCCCUCUGAGCCCAGACCUAAAGAGCCAGAACCUGCCCCUUCCCCAGUUAUGAUGAAGUCUCUACCAGAGCCCAGACCCUCCAAGGCCUCCACCCCUCAGCCACCCCCUCAGAAGACCUCCCAGCCCCAGAUGUCCAGACCCCACUCCCAGCCUCAGUCAGCCGCCGUCCCCUCCAGCCCCCUCUCCCUCGCCCUCUCCUCCCUCACUAACAGCCUCCCUCCCCAGAUGCUCCAAUACCAGUGCGACCAGUGCAAGAUAGCCUUCCCAAGUGUUGAGCUAUGGCAGGAGCACCAGCAUAUGCAUUUCUUGGCUGCCCAGAACCAGUUCCUCCAUUCCCAGUUCUUGGAAAGGCCCAUGGACAUGCCCUAUAUGAUCUUUGACCCCAAUAACCCUCUGAUGACUAGCCAGCUGCUAUCGGGAGGACUCCAGAUGCCAAUUCAAAGCGGCUCUGGUUUGUCCUCAGGUCCCGGCUCUGGCUCCAUGAAGAGAAAACUAGAUGAGAAAGAGGAUGGAUCCAAUGAAAAAGAUAACGGAAACAUGACUGAAGAACAACACAGAGACAAACGUCUCAGAACUACCAUCACCCCAGAACAACUAGAGAUCCUCUACGACAAGUACUUGCUGGACUCAAAUCCCACAAGGAAGAUGCUGGAUCACAUCGCCCGUGAGGUCGGCCUGAAGAAGAGAGUGGUGCAGGUGUGGUUUCAGAACACACGAGCCCGAGAGAGAAAGGGACAGUUCAGAGCUCUGGGGCCCUCCCAGUCACACAAGAAAUGCCCUUUUUGCCGGGCGCUGUUCAAGGCCAAGUCAGCUUUGGACAGCCAUAUCCGCUCUAGACACUGGCAUGAAGCCAAACAGGCAGGGUUUAGUCUGCCCAACAGCCCACUGAUGAACCAAGACGAUGGAGGUGAGAGCCCACACAAGUACAACUUCUUUGAGUAUCCACAGCUACCCACCAAGACUGAGCCGAAUGAGUAUGAGCUGCCCGCAGCCUCCUCAACGCCAGUCAAACCAUCUGAGGCACCGUUAAAAAACUUAUUGAGCCCUUCAUCCUUAAAAGCAGAAAACUGUGAUGAAUCUGAAGGGCUUAACAUGAAUUCUGCAGAGGCCUCAUCCUACGACAUCAACAACAAAAUGGACUUUGACGAAACCUCGUCCAUCAACACGGCCAUAAGUGACGCGACCACCGGAGACGAGGGCAACAACGAGGUAGAGAGCCUCACGGCCAACGGAGGGGACAAGCUGGGAUGCGACAGCAAGAGCAACCAGGCCCAGAGCUCAGACGGGGGUGGCGACGACCGCUUCCCGUUCAGCAUGGUGAGCCCCUCCCUUAGCUACUCGGGCAAGGACGGAGACUCCUGCUCCUACUCCUACUCCUACUACAGCUCCAGAGAUGACGACAUGGACGACAACAACGACCAGAGCGAGACCUCCAGCCUGACCGACCCCAGCUCCCCCAGCCCCUUCGGAAGUGGAAACCCCUUCAGGUCUGGGAAGGGCAGCGGCAGUGGUGGGGAGAGACCAGGCCACAAGCGCUUCAGGACUCAGAUGAGCAACCUUCAGCUGAAAGUCCUCAAAGCCUGCUUUAGCGACUACCGCACACCAACCAUGCAUGAGUGUGAGAUGCUGGGCAGCGAGAUUGGCCUCCCGAAGCGUGUGAUUCAGGUGUGGUUCCAGAAUGCCCGCGCCAAGGAAAAGAAGUUCAAAAUCAACAUCGGAAAGCCAUUCAUGAUCAGUCAAGGCGGGCCGGAUGGGCCCCGGCCGGAGUGUACUUUGUGUGGUGUGAAGUACACUGCCCGGAUGUCCAUCCGUGACCACAUCUUCUCCAAACAGCACAUUGCUAAAGUGCAGGAGACUCUGGGCAAUCAGGUGGACAGAGAGAAGGACUAUCUAACACCCACCACGGUCCGUCAGCUGAUGGCUCAGCAGGAGAUGGAUCGUCUGAAAAAGGCUGGGAGCGACGGGUUCAGCAGCCUGGCCGCCCAGCAGCUUCAGACUGCAGUGGACCAGAACAAUGCACUUCACGGCCUCAGCCUGCCCUCAGGCUACCCCGGGAUCUCUGGACUUCCGCCGGUACUACUUCCUGGGGUCAAUGGGCCGUCCUCACUUCCUGUUUACCCACCCAACACACCUGCUUUAGCGUCUCCCGGUGCUGGAAUGCUUGGGUUCCCCACCCCAGCCACCCCCUCUCCUGCCAUGUCUCUCAGCACUACCCCAACCAAGACUCUUCUGCAGACUCCUCCACCUCCUCCUCCUCCUCCUCCUCCUCCUCCACCUCCUCCUGUUUCCUCCAUUCCUCUGACUUCAACCAACCACAUUGAGCAGCACAGAAAAUAUCAAGAGAGAGACAGCAACAACAGCAGCAGCAAGAAAUCAGUAGAGAAACCGCACCACCAGAAGAAGGCAAAGGAAAGAGAAGCGGAGAAUGGCGGCCGUCCACAGACCCCCAACGUCAGCCACAACAAGAAGAGGGAAAAGCCGUCUCCAGCCAUGGGCAAACCAGGAAGUGAGGGCCAUCUGGAUGCCGCUCAGCUACAGGCUCUUCAGAACGCGCUGGCCGGCGCCACAGACCCAAGCUCCUUCCUGGGAGGCCAGUUCCUGCCUUACUUCCUCCCGGGCUUCGCCAACAGCUUUUCGCCCCAGCUCCUUGGAGGAAUGCAGGCGGGGGGAUACUUCCCUCCGUUCGGCGGGAUGGAGAACCUAUUCCCAUACGGACCUGCUGCCAUCCCACAGGCCGCCAUGGCGGGGAUGAAUCCCACUGCCCUCCUGCAGCAGUAUCAGCAGUACCAGCAGUCUCUCCAGGACUCCCUGCAGAAGCAGCAACAGCAGCAGCAGCUUGAGCAACAACAUCAGCAUCAUAAACAGCAGCAGCAAAAGCAGAAGCAGAAGCCAAUCCCUGUGAAGGUGUCUUCACCAUGUGUGCAGAGCAACUCCAACUCCUUCAAACCAAAAGUAUCUAUGGAUGACACCAACAACAACAAAGGCUCUUUGACAGAAAGCACAAAAGUAGAAUCGCCAACAGAAACCAAAAGUACCACAGACUUUCCUGACGCUUUCAUUGUUCCAUCCGUCAAGCACGAGUUCAUAUGCAGGAAGUGCCAUAAGGUAUUCAGCGAUGAGGGCUCCGCAGUACAUCACCAGAAGUCAUUCUGCUACUUCGGAAACCCCUUUCCAGACCCGCAGGAGACAGUUCUUAGACAGGCAGUGAGCAAGUACACGUGCAUCGCCUGUAAUGUGGUGGUCAACGGGAAUGAAGCACUUGGCCAACACCUCCAGUCGAGCUUGCACAAAGAGAAAACAAUCAAACAAGCAAUGAGAAAUGCCAAAGAGCAUGCUAGAUUAUUACCUCACUCUGUCUGCACACCUACUCCUGUCAACACCACAUCUACCUCGCAGUCUGCAGCUCCUCCUUCUAAUAACACCUUUCCCCAUCUCUCUCGCUUAUCCAUCAAGUCCUGGCCAAAUAUCCUUUUCCAGGCCACCGCCCGGAAAGCUGCUUCUUCCUCCUCCUCCCCGUCUGCUUCUCCUCUUCCUCUUCCUCCCCUUUCCUUGCCUCUAAUGGUUACCUCAACGUCCUGCAGCAGCGUCUCAGGGGUUCCCACCUCCCUACCCAACAAGAAUUGUUCAGAUGAGUCUGACAACGAGCUAAGCCAGAAGCUGGAUGACUUAGAUAAGGUGUUGGAGGCCAAGGCUAAGCCAACCUCCGGCCUAGACGCAGGCUUCAGCAGUAUCAGAAUGGAUAUGUUCAGUGUGUAGGAGGUGAAAAACAGGAUCCCUUGCUUUAAAUACAAAAAUAAGACUUUUAAACUGCAGUUCCAAAGUUUCUCUAACCCAAAAAAUUACAGUACCAAAUGAUUGACUCAGGAUUGUUUUUCCCAUAUUGAUAUGCUGGCAAGAUAUUGAUAGAUUUUUGUUAUGGACAGAACUGUUGCAGAUGCUUGACUGAGCUUAUAUUGUAUACAAAAACACGGAGUAGGAAAAGAUCUCUCAGGCUCCCCCGUGGAGCUUGUUUCAAGCCAAAAACUCACGAUAGCAAAUUGCACCUCAGCUGGAUUGUUUUCCAAAUGCUAGCAUGUACUGUAUGGGAUGACGAUCCAGAAAACCCUCAAAGAGAAUCUCUCUUAGUCUAGAUAGGUGUAAUUCAGUAGCUUUAAAUUCUCAGGUCAGAACAUAACAUUUCUCAUUUGUUAAAGCAGCAACGAGCCUGGGUACACUUGGCUUUUAACCAAAACAUGUCAAGCUUUAUCGGACGCAUUUCCUUGAUGUGUGUAGAGUACCAAGAGAGACAAUAUUACUGUUACAAUGGACAGCGUGCAUAUCCUUUUAGUUUCCACCCUACAAAGACAGUAUGGUUUUGCCACUGAGGGAAUUUUAGAAUGGUGAAGUAUAUGUGUAUGAUUCCCCUGUGUUUUCCUGUUUGUAUUACAACAAACUGUGUCUAUAUCCAACCCUCUUUUUCUCUUGUAGAAUAUACUAAUCUGUGCCAACUCUUACCUUCUCUCAUGUAUCUCUGCUCACACCCUUUUCUGAAGAGGUAAUAACUCUAGUUUUAUACACUCUUGAGGAUUAAUUAUGUGAAUAAGACAUUUUUCAUUUGUGAAUUGCUGUACUGUUAUGGUACCUGCUUGUGUCUGGACUAUAGUGCACUUAUUUUGUUUUUGUCUGUUUUUUAUUAGUCAUAUUUUUUUGGUAGACCCAUGUGUUAAUUUAAUAGAUUUUUUCCGUUGGUAUGUUUGUUUGUUUUAAUUAUUAUUUUGUGUUUAUUGCAGCAGCAUUUUGGUCCACAUGUGUUAGAGGAUUGACGCCUAACAUCCCAGUAACCUAUUUAACAAUUUGUGCGUCCAUAAAAGUAGUACUGUAUACUUGAAACUGUUAAAGUAUAAGUCGGUCAAAAUGUUGUUCUUUUUUUAACAAAAGGUAUGAAUAUUUGCAUAAGCAAAUAUGCUGCUUUAAAAAGGGGGACUACAGCAUGUAUUUGAUAUAAUGAAACGUUUUCCCCAGUGCUUGUAGGACUGAUAACAGUGUUAAACCUAUACACUGCCAUUUAGUGCAUAGCUCUUCGUCCUCGCAUACAUUUUCCGGACACUUCAGUUGAUAAAUCAUGCAAAGUCAACACUAAUUCUUCAGUUUAUUUUCGACGUUUAUGCGUUACGAAGUAUUACCUUAUAACAAAAUGUUGCUGCUACUGUGUAAUGUUAUUUUUGCUCGCCAUAAAUUCUCCAACAGACUGAAUACUGACCCAUGGAUCUCGCUUUGCUUUGCUGUUUUCAUUCUAUGUUCAUUUUGUUUUGGUCUUCUUUUAUUUGCAGUGGAACUUAAAGAAUGUGAAAGCUGUCAAAGGGUGUUACAUUUUUACGAAUCACUUUCUAGUUUGGUAAGAUAAGCCAAUGUGAUUCAUUCCAAAGUAACAAGAGGCUAUUUGUAUGAAAGGAAAAGGCUUGUGAACAAAGAGAGCUAAGCUGUUGUACAUAUUCGUAGUUGGCUGUGCAUGGUACAAAUUUAUUAAUAUGAAGAAAUGCAAAACUGUAUUGCUUUUGGUAUUUCCUAUUCUGAGAUGAACAAGUAGCAUGUAAUGCAACUGUUUGACAGGUUAAAAUCAAAUCAUGCUUAGUUAUUGUUUCAAACGAUGAAAUCCAGUAACAUUUCCUCUUGCGUUUUAUUAUAGUACAGGUGUUUUUGUUUUUCCGUUCAAAGUUUAAAUGCAAAAUGUCUCUGUUUUUUAUUCUCUUUUUUUGUGUGAAACUUUUUAAAUGUUCUGAUUUGGAUUUUUAGUAUUUUAACAUUUACUUUGAUCCUGAAGACACUUUUACGAUUGUGUUUCAUAAGAGACGUCCUGGCCUCCGUAUAGGUGCAAUCCUGCCAUUGUACAAACACCAACGACUGUCCUGAUCCCAAAGGCUUUCCCCACCUGGCUUCUUGCCUUUCCCCUCAAUGUGGCUAAAGCAUUGCCAGACUGAACUGUCAGCUAGCAUCACGUGCUAAGAUGUUAGCAGCAAACACAAUGCUUCCCACACUAAAGGACUGGUAAAAGCUAACAAACCAACAACCAAAAGGAUGGUACGAUAACAUAACGAACUGUACAUAAAUGUUGCAACUGCACAGCAGCCAAAAAGAAAGAAAGAAUAAAAAAAAACCUGUUUCAAACGGAUGGAUUGUGUCACGCUAAAGAGAGGACAGCCUUCAAAAGGUUGAUAUUGGGAUUGUUUUCUUCUGGGUGUCAAAAGGGAAUUUCACGGCGCAGUCAUAUCCUACACAAUAUGUAUUCUAAGUCCUGGUUACAUAGGAAAUGCAUCCUGAGGGUUUACUAAGAAGAAGCCCCUAUGGCUAAAACUUUAAAUAAACUAAACCAAAAAUGUUAUUGAUGUUUUAUAUAUAGAGAGUAGUCUCAUUAGUUUUUGUUACUGUAAUGUUUGAGGUCUCAACUGUACCGUUACACCGGUAAUAACAUGGUUUUGAAACUUUUAUUUUUUAUUUUUGUCACAGACCUGUUGUCAUAGUUGAAAUGACGUUUAUUGUAGAUGGUAUUUGAACAACUUCUGGAAAUAGUUCAUCAAGUAUGUUUGUUGCUCAUUGUUGUGAUACAUUAAAAACUGUAUCUGCAAACCA